AUGCGUCUUCUCCGGCAUCUCGUGAAGACCUCGAGAAGAGCCAAUCUAAAAGAAGAAAGAGAGUAUCUCCCGUUCAAAAUGUGGAGGAAAAGAGUGCAGAUGCGAAAAUGCACACCCAUGAACAAGGAUCUUCCGGCGAGGAUGGUAGUAAAGUUAACCAACAACCUAAGUCGAGUGUUUUUCGUUGGUAACAUGGCGAGUUGUGACGAAGACAGCGUUGUCCGAACGAAGCUUCGACCUAGAAGACCCCAUUCUGAUAGAGGUGAAGUCGACCUGGUUAAAUGUAAAGCUAGUUCGUCAGACGAGUCCAGACUGGAGUUCCAACAUAAAAAUCUCGGGAGAACACGUCUAAGGCAAGCUGGAAAGGAAAAUUUUUGUGAAACUUUCGAGUCUACAAAUCAGAUAGCAGAUGAACAACUAAAAAGCAACAUUGACAUAGAAACCCUUGAGAAAAAGUAUAGCGUUGACUAUCUCAUUACUCAUGCUUCUCGUUCACAAGGAGAGAGCAAACAAAACACCCAAGGAGAAAGUCCUAAAUCAAAGAACAUUCGAUCUGCUAGAAGAGAAAAGUUGUCCGAUUGUUGCGAUGAAAACGAGCAGCUAGAUGAAUCUCAUGUGGAAAUAAUUCAAGACAUAGAGCAAAAAGUAGAUAUGGAGAGUCCCAGAAGUACGCGGGAUGCAUCGGUUGUUAAGCUGAAAAAUUCCAUCAUGAUCCGUGAAGCUCCCGCGACAGAGAGUGACAUGCAAAAAGGUAAGAUGACGUCACUUGAAACAAAAGUACAACAAGAGUCGGAAAUCAGGAUGGAAAGUCGGAAAAGGUCAUGCCUUAGGUCAGCUACGAAGGAAAGUCAUCAUGAAUCUUGUCAAGAGGAUGGGGGCCAUGCGUCUGCUCAUUUGGAGAUGCCUACAGAAAAUGAAAAAGAGAAUGCCGUUAAGUCGUGUGAGGCAAGUGGUUCGAAAAGUUUGGGACAAGACAUUGAAAUGGAAGGUUCCAUGGGGUCGCGUCGUAGCUCUGCCGCAAGUGGGAAUCGUGGUGGACUCUGUGACAGAAAACCAAAUUUCGAUACUUCGCCGGAAACUAAACCAGAAGACACCCAGAUGGAAAGUCUUAGUAUGUCCUGUCUUUCAUCUCCUUCGAAUGGUAGUAUUUCGCGACCCAAAAGAUCUGGAUCGCCAAAAACAGGGGAGGAAAAAGGAGAGCAGAAAACACGAAGAAGGAAACAACCCUGUAAUAAAAUUGUCACAAGGGAGACGAAAAAGAGUGGGAAAGCGUCGAGCGAUCGACAAGAAACUACGAUAGCCAAUGCUAAUAACGACAGCGUUGUUAGAUGUACACGAUCACGAGUUAAGUCAGCCCCAGCUACAAUGGCACACUCGUCCAGUGAUUUAGAUGACAAAGAGAAGACCAGAAAAGCAUCUUCAUCGGAUUCUCCGAGACCAGCAGCAGAAGUAAAGCUGGGGAAGAAGACAGUAGAUUCGAGCGUUUGCCCACAUAGAUGUUUAGACUCUGAGCCACAAAGAAAACUUCUCACGUCGAAAAAUGAAGUUAGCGAAACUACAGACCUUAUCGAAGUAAACCAAAGCACAAAGAGCUGUUUUCUUGACUCGAAAGAUUCCUCACAAGUAGAGGUGAAGUUGUCUGAUUGUAGAAAGAUGUGUGUUAACAGGAAAAGGCCUUUGCGAGAUGUACACUCAAAUUCUUCUGACACCGAGAGUAUUCAGAGUUCAAGUGGAGAAACGUCAUCGAAAGGACCUCCUGCCGAGGACGCUCUCUCGGAUGACGACGAAAAUGAUCUCUCUAGUACACCAACACUGGAUCACUGUCCCUCUCCUGCAAGCUCGGAGAAAUCAGGCUUUUCAAAUGAAACUUCAGCGGGAAGUGGAAGGUAUAGCUUGAGAAAACACGUAGAACAAAAUAAGUGUGACUCUAAGCUUUGUAACAAGACCAAGUUAAAACACAAAAUCCCCGACAGCCCUGAGAGUUAUCGUGAGCGGAGGGAGAGAACUGUUUCCACGGACUUUACCAGUGUUAAAUCAAAAUCCAGAAGUCCAAAACAAAGAUCUCAGUCAGUACAAAGUCUCCAAACCAGGACAUCAAAGAAAAAGGUGAAAGGAGAGAAUAAGGGACAGAUAAAAAUCCAAGAGAAAACGCCUUGUCGUGGAGAGGCCUUUCACGUGAAAGAAUUCUCAUCUGAGGCCGAUUUAAGGUCCACCUCUGGUAGCCCUCGAAGUGGUCCUACUCAUGACAAGUACAGCAUGGGUGUGUCUGGUAUGCUUUCAGCUGGGAUAAACUUGCAAGAGCUUGCUGUUGACGACGUCGACAAAAUAACGGAUCCUUCCUUUUCAUCAGAUACAAUUGCAUCUUUGGGAGAUGUUUCCGUAACUACCGUUCGUGGGUCACCCCCACGCAUGAAAAGCGCUGACUACUGCGCGACGAGUAAAUAUUCAGGAAUUCAACUCUUGGAAGGCAGCCCACGCAUCAAAAAAGAUUACCAUUCUGCAGCUUUUCUUGCCAAACAUGGUAAGAAACGAUCUGGUGUUACUCGGUUGUUUGAGUCAGAUGACGAGGAGGAGGACUUCUAUGGCUUUGAUGUGCCGCAGUUCCUUGGGUCGUUUUCAUCUGAAGGAGAAGAUUUGAGUUAUAGGAUCAACUCUAUUGUGGAGAGUAUGAAUGAUGGUUCUGAUGAGGCCACUCUGGGAGAUACUCAGGAUAAUGACACUAUCGAGGAGGUUAAAACUAGUGACGAGGACACGGUAGUUGAGAAAAAUAUUGGAAGGGAAGAAGAAUCGAUGGUCGAAAAGAUAGAGAUAGGCAGAAAAGAGGAUGUCGGGAAGGGACAUUUUGACGGAGAUGUGGAGAUUGAACAAAAUAAAGCCACCGGAGUGUUAAGAAAGAUAAGGCCUACAACUUCAGUCGAGAUUCACAAUAGCAACUUACAAGACUCUCGGCCAAGUACAGCAAAAACGUCCAUAGUGGACAGCAUACCCGAAGUAGAUACUGACGAUUUUGAUGAGGAUGACGAUGUUUUCAGUACAGUGGCUGGCAGCACUGACGGAGAAGACGACGAAGAUGACUUUGCAAUAACGUCGCCUUUCAACAUCUCCAGCUGGACGCGGAGGCUAAAUUCAGAUAAUUUUCAGGCAGAAGUCUCCGAGCAAGAAGAGGACUCCGUGACGUCGUUCACUAACAUUAACUGGAGACGAAAGCGUAAAUCUGACGACCUUCAGCCAGAAGUGGGGAGGCCAACGAAGCGAAGGAAAUCAGAUGUAGCGACGGAGGUAGAUUGCUCUUUCCAGUGUUCCCAAAAAGUUACCCCUGUUAAAACUGGAGCUCCUAAGAGACUUCGAUCAGUGAGAGAAAGUAAUAGCGAAAAAGGAACUUCAUUUAUGACAGAAGUUGAUGGUUUGUUCCUGAGCAAACAGGAAGGGCCAUCUUUUUUAUCCGAACCAGUUCCAAGUGGAUUCCAGGACAGCGCUAUGUACGAAACUAUUGAAGAACGGGUCAAGAUACGUCGGAUCAUGGAACUUUCACUUAAGGAAUACGAGAAUACUCAAAUUGUAAGGCAGCAAAAAGACCACAAUAUGCAAUCAUCAGCGAAAGAAAAGGACAGACAGAAAUUCCCAUCCUUAAAGCCAUUGAAGGGCCAUUCCACAAUUCGAACUUCUCAGAGAGCUCGUCCAAUCAACAGCUCACCAAGUUCCUUCCCGUCACCACUCGCCGGUCCUUUUCGAAAAAGUCGGAGAGCCACUUGGACUUCUGACGCCAAUGCGUUUGCGUCACCACCUCCUGCAAAUUCAAGCUCCAAAGGUCGACAAGUUCGGUGUUUGACUCCUGUGUCAGCGAGAACACCUUCCCAACAUACUUUGAAAGAAAAACGCAGAGAGAAAUUUCCACCCUUAAAGCCGUUGAAGAGCGUUUCCAGUAUUCAAACUUCACCGAGAUCUCGUCCAAUCAACAGCUCGUCAAGUUCCAGCCCGUCACCACUCGCGGGCUCUUCUCGAAAGAGUCGGAGAGCCACGUGGAUUUAUGACGUCAAUGCGUUUGCGUCACCACCCCUUGAAAAAUCACACUUCAAAGGUCGAAAAGUUAAGUGUUCGACUCCUGUGUCAGCCGUAACACCUUCCAGACAUACUUUGAGGUCACGUAGAUACUACCAAGACCCCGAAGAUUCCUUACCACAGAAAUCAAGACCAAAAAGGGACGCUUUUGCUUUUGAUGAAUAA